AUGCAAGCCGAAAUGGAGAUUGUGAAAAGUUCAGAUUUCGAAAUGUUGAAUUGUAAAUAUCUGAUUAUGGAUAAGAAGAAAAAUAUUCAUGGUCUAAAACAUUUUGUGGUCCUCCCUGAAUUAAACGAAAUGCAUCUGAACGAUGCUCUCUUGCAAUAUAAAGACGAUAAAGAUUACGUCAUCGAACAUUUGUACAUUUCUGAAAUGAAAAACAUUGAAAAUUUUAUGGACACUGUGCUGAAAUUCAGAAGGCUCUACUCUCUAACAGUCUGCCAAAUCACUAUUAGACUUCCAAAAACUAUUCCUGAUGAAAAGAUAUGGAAAUUCUCACACGAAAUUUUAGAGGAUGAAAACUACAUUUUGUUGAAUGUUUAUCAAAUGGAAGAUUAUACAGAAUUCUAUUUCUUCGCGAAUAAUGAAUAUCAGUGUAUGAUGCGAUACUUGUAA